AUGGGUACUAGAGGCCGCAGAGGGAUUCGACCUGAGUCCUUCGCAUAUGAUGCGAUCCCUAAUCUGGACACUAGCGAGACUUUGGUGUCACCUGUUACUGAGACUGAUGCUGAGUCUUAUGAUAGUGUAGCUAGGGACGACGCACUGUCCCAGGCUAUGCUACGAAUUCUGGAGAGGGUCGCUGGGGCCAAUACUGGAUCUGGAGGCCGUGGGUCGGUUACAGAACGACUCUGCUUAAAUGGGGCUGAGAUAUUCAGGGGCAUCGCUGGAGUUGCUUCGAGUGUGGCUGAGUAUUGGGUGGAGGCCACAGAGCGCAUAAUGGAUGAUUUGGACUUUACUGAGGAGCAGAAGCUCAAGGGGGCUGUGUCUUUGCAUCGUAAUGAGAGGAAGUAUGUAGGAGCCAACUAUACAGAUGCUAGGCAACGUGAGUUCUUGAAUCUCACUCAGGGGGACUGUUCAAUCCCCGAGUAUGAGGCUGAAUUUCUGAGACUAGAUUGCUAUACGAGGGGUAUGGUGACGACUGACCUGCGAGUUCUAAUAGCUCCUCAAAGGAAGCAGGAUUUCUCAGCCUUGGUAGAGGAGGUGAAGCACUCUGAGCGCCAAAACCGUGAAAAAGGGAAGUCUAAGAGUGAUUCUAAGUCUUCUAGUGCUGGGAUGAGGUCUAAGAAAAAGGCCAGGACUAAUGGGCCCAAAAUAGUUGGGCCUACUGUUGCACCUACUGGGGUGCCGAUCUGUCAGCUUUGUAAUGGACGCCAUCCGGGCGAGUGUUGGAGAGCUACUGAGGCUUGUUUGAGGUGUGGGUCGACUGAGCAUUGA